CUUAUUCACUUCCCCAGAGAUCUGAGCGGAGGAGGCCACAUCUGUUCUUCGAGCUUUGUUUAGAAACCCGUAAAUAAUCUCUAGUAAAUAUUAUAAAUAAUUCCACACACAAUAAUAAAUUGAAAUGAAUUUUUUUGUAUAAUUAAAAAAAUAACAUUUAGAACGAUAGAGGCGACUACGAUGUGACAACUCAAAAGACUGAAAACUGAAAUUAAGAGCAAAAGCAGGUACUUGGGAAGCAGGCCAAGGAAGAACCUACACCCUGCCACACCACAGCGCUUCUCCAUCGCUCCAUCGCCGUUUCAGAGAAAAGCUUUUCCACAACGAUGCUCAUCCUAUGAGCGGAACUACCGCAUCUUCCUGGAGGGCGUAAUGGGCUGCUGUGAAGGUUACGUUCACAAAAAAAGAAAAGGAACCGUCUUGAUCUUUGUAUGAGCUACGAUUUGUACCUCCCCCACAAUGAAAAGUUUUGCAUCCUUUCUUCUGCCUUGAGGACAUCGAACCUAGACUUCGAAGAAAAACUUCUCCGAGCUGCAGAAUGAUGAACGGGACGACCAUGGCGACCGGGAUGUCUGUGAAGUGUGUCCUCGUUGGGGACUGUGCUGUGGGUAAAACGGCCUUGCUGGUGCGCUUCACCUCUGAGACGUUCCCUGACUGUUACAGGCCCACUGUCUAUGAAAACACAGGCGUGGACGUCUUCAUGGAUGGCGUCCAGAUCAGCUUGGGUUUAUGGGACACGGCUGGCAAUGACACGUUCCGCCAGAUCCGCCCCAUGUCCUACCAGCAAGCUGACGUAGUCCUGCUGUGCUACUCGGUGGCAAACCCCUCCACGUUGGCUAGCAUCCAACAAAAGUGGAUAAGAGAGGUGCGAGAAAAUCUGCCCCACGUGCCAGUCCUGGUAGUGGGGACUCAGACGGACCUCCGGGAGAUGGGACCAUAUCGUGAUCGCUGCACCACAGCAACAGAAGGCAAGAGGGUGGCUCAUGAAAUCCGAGCUAAAGGCUACCUGGAAUGCUCUGCACUCAUUAAUCGAGGCAUUCAGCAAGUUUUCGAGUGUGCUGUGCGUACGGCUGUUAACCAGGUGCGCAAGCGAACACGCCGAAGACUUUUUAAUCUGAAUCCCUGUCACGUCUCUUGAGGAAAAAUCUGCAAUCUGAAAUCUGCAUGGACUUACUUAAAGAGUUACUCUAUCCAUUUAAGAAAGCAUCUUAGAUUUUAUUGUUCCACAGUCAUAUUUAUUUUAUCUGAUUCUGUGAUAGUUAUUAGGGGUUCACCAGAGGACCAUUAUGUUGCACCACAACUUUGAUGCAACAUACAGUAAUGCAAGCCAUCAUUAGCAAAUGUAUUACACUUAUUGUUAUUAAGGUAUUAAGCCUUUUCGAUUGUUUUGACUGGUCAUAUGAAUUGAAUGAAUUUAAUCCAAAUCUGUGAAGUCCAAUGAAGGCCAAUGAAUCGGGUUAUUAAUUUGAAUAUUAAAUAACAAUUUAAGAGUGAAAUUGAAAUAGAAAUUCUGACAUUUUAGGAACAAUACACUCCAAAAAAACCACCUAUAAAUAAAUUCUUAACCAAAUUUCUCUGGCACUCAAAUAUACUAUUAAGUAACUGUUAAUAUAGAAAUAUAAUCCAUUUUAUAUGAUUUUACAGUAGCAACCCAUUCAGUCAGUAUGGAGAAUAGUAUAAAAUCUGUUAUGUGCUGUAUAAAAUAUAGCUUUUAUAUCUAAAAUAUCAAUUAUAAAGGUUUUACUACCAGACACUAGCAAUGUGUAGUUAAUCUGCAGAGAUUUGAAAUUCCUGGACAAAGCGGCUAAUUACAUCAGGAGGCACGAGGGUUUGCAUUUGAUGCUAACGUCUUACACUAUGUCACGACACAGGCUUUUGUAUAUUUGCUGGGUUUGUUUUGAAACUGUUCAUUUUUAUUCACUUUUCACACUUUUAUUCUAAAUCAUGGUGAUCAACAGAUCCUGUGACUCGUUUCUCAUUACCAUCUCAAUACAGCACAAUUUAAAAAAAAACAAAACGUUGUAUAAUUCAGUCCCAUUUAUUCUUCACUCUAAUGAAAUGAUUACUAAAGGGAAUCGUACGAGGAAUAAAUCUUUUAAACCGAUCAGAAAUAUUGUGCGAUCGUGUGUUCUGAUGAACAAAGUGACAUAGUAUAUGUAUGCUUUUUCUUUUAGGUAUAAUUUACGUAUCGUAUGACAAUUUGUCAUCAUGGGUGGGUCAUGAAUUGGCCAGAAAAAAAUGUCUUAUUGGUUUGAAAUUUCUAUUUUGUAUUACUAUAUAAACUUGAAGCACUUCUAGCAUGUGCUAGAGGUCAUUUGGCGCAGUCAUUGGUCCAAAUGACCUCUAGUACAUCCUGUAGAAGUGCUAGUACACUUCGGACGGCACGAGAUCAAGCGCUAAACAAGUCCGACGCGACUUCUUCUUUUAUCUUCGCUGGCGUUCCAAUAAACAUUUUAAAUCUGUCA